AUGAAAUCCAAAACGCACGUCCAUAACGGUAACGGCCACGCAAGUGAGGCCGGCGGAGGCGGAAGCAGCAGCUCGCCGAGCCCGCCGCCGUCUCCGCGGCGGCGGUCUGGAAUUUCGCGUUGCCGGAGGCGGAUGCGCCACGCCAAAGCCUUGGCCGCCGGGAUCAUGUCACGGCGGAGCGUCCGGUACUUCUUCGUGCUGCCGGUUCUUUACAUCUCCGGUCUGUUGAUGUGUGUGGGGCCCUUCUCCGCUCUCAUUGGCCAUACUCCUCUUCCCGGUUCCCGUUACCGCAGCCACGAGCUCUUUCAGAAGCUUUGGCACGAUAUUGAGUCUGAUAAUUCCUCUGCCAUUCAGUUGUCUUCAGUGUGGAAGUACAAACGGAAGCUGAGAGAGCAGAAGCCAUGUCCAAAUUUGACUGCUUUGCAUCGCGAACAUUUUGUAUCCCCUGGCCUGAAUGGUUUUUUAAUUGUGGAGGCCAAUGGUGGUCUUAACCAGCAACGCUCUGCGAUUUGCAAUGCUGUGGCCGUUGCUGGACUCUUGAAUGCAAUACUAGUUAUACCUCACUUUGAAUUCCACAAUGUGUGGAAAGAUCCAAGUGAAUUUGGGGAUAUAUAUGAUGAAGAUCAUUUUAUAUCCACACUAGAUGGUUAUGUGAAGGUGGUUAAAGAACUGCCUGAGGCACUAAUUGAGAGGCAUAAUUACAACAUGAGUAAUAUCACUAACAUCAGAGUUCAAGCUUGGGCUCCUGUCAGUUAUUACCUAGGAGUUGUUUAUCCUAUUUUGCAAAAGGAAGGGGUUAUUAGAAUAGCUCCAUUUGCCAACCGUUUGGCAAUGAGUGUCCCUCCACAUAUUCAAUUUCUAAGAUGUCUUACUAAUUAUAAAGCAUUGAGGUUUUCUUCUCCAAUAUCAGCACUGGCUAAGAAACUGGUUUACCGAAUGAUUGAGAAGAGUUCAAGGACAGAUGGAAAGUAUAUUGCUGUGCAUCUUCGCUUUGAGGAGGACAUGGUAGCAUUCUCCUGUUGUGUAUACGAUGGAGGAGAGGCAGAAAAGUUGGAAAUGGAUUCAGUUCGAGAAAAGGGAUGGAAGGGCAAAUUCAAAAGAAAAGAUCGCAUCAUUCUACCUGACCUCAAUCGAGUCAAUGGAAAAUGCCCACUAACCCCUCUGGAGGUUGGUAUGAUGCUACGUGGCAUGGGAUUUGAUAACAAUACUUCAAUAUUCUUAGCUUCUGGGAAAAUAUAUCAUGCAGAGAGAUAUUUGGCUCCUUUAAUAAAAAUGUUUCCCAAUCUGCAUACAAAGGAGUCUCUUGCAACAUCAGAUGAGCUUGCUACUUUUAUGGGUUAUUCCUCUCAAUUGGCAGCAUUGGACUACACAGUAUGCUUGUUUAGUGAGGUUUUCGUAACAACUCAGGGUGGUAACUUCCCCCAUUUUCUCAUGGGCCAUAGAAGAUUCCUCUAUGAUGGGCAUGCAAAGACCAUUAACCCAGAUAAGCGCAAGCUUGUUGUUCUUUUGGAGGACGUGGGUAUCAGUUGGAGAGCUUUCAAGGAUCAGAUGGAAGUCAUGCUCAGUGAAAGUGACCGCAAAGGAUUCAUAGUACCUAGAGUUAGAAAAAUCAACAGAAAAACUUCUGUUUACACGUACCCCUUACCAGAAUGUAGGUGCCUCCAGCAGUCUCAUGCAAAUCAAAUUGACCACAAUCUAGACAAUCCUGAUAAUUACAGCAGAACAAAAGCUUAAAUGUAUGGCACGCAUCAUUCCAACAUCUCUGCCGCGGUCAUCAGUUUAUAUUAAUUCCAAUUCCAUGGCUUUGGUGUUUCAACUUCCAGUUCUACGGCUUUCUGAAGUUGCUGUCUCUUGUUUGGCAAGAUGUGGGUAUUCCAGUUUUGAUAACACGACAGAUUUCUACUUCUGUGUGAUUGGCUGCUGCGACUGCAUGGAGAUUUUGUGUGCAUAUUACUUAUUUUACAUGGCGAGACAGUUCUAGCCUCCAA